ACAAACUUCAAAAAUGUGGAGGAGAUGGGUUCAGGUGCGUGCCACUGUCAGAUGAUGGACUGUGUUUUUCCUGGAUCUAUUGACAUGAGCAAGGUGAAGUUUGAUGCACAAAGUGAGGACGACUGUAAGCACAAUUUCAGACUACUCCAUGAGGCCUUCAGCACAAAUGGUAUCACAAAGAAAAUUCCAGUUGAGAAGCUCAUAAAAGGGGAUUUUAACAGCAACAUUAAGUUCCUCAAGUGGUUCAAGAGCUUCUACACAGAAAAUGUGAAAAGUAAUGAUUAUGACGCUGUGAAAGCUCGUGACAGCUGUGAUAUCAGCCCUAUUUUGGUGUCUCCUAAGUCAGGUAAUUGUCAUAGAUCUAAAGAGUCUGACACGGAGGAAAACAGCAAAACGACUAAAAGGUUUCCUUACAGCGAGAAGUGGAAAGAUGUUUUUGCUUGGGCUGAGCGCAGUUCUCGUGGAGACAACUAUACCUACUGUUCCUCUUGUGGUACUGACCUUAGCACUAUUAACAAAGGCUUUUUUGAACUUAAGCGCCACGUGGAAACAACCAAACACAGGAAAAGGGCUGCGAAGAAAAGAUGUGGUGCAAGAACACAGGUCACUGAGUCGCUGCCUUGCAGUGAUGAAGCUGUCCAGUUUAUUUACAAUCACUGUUACACUGGAUCUGCUAAAGGUCAGCAGGGAUAUAGACAUUUUGCACGCUGUAAGCUGGGAUCACAGUACCCCAAAGAUAUCAUAUCUGCCUGUGAAAACACUCCUUACUGUUUAUACAUUUAUGGAGGGGUACCUGUAGGAAAAGAUGAAGCAGUCUCUGUGUUGCUUGUUGGGUUUUUUGAUGUUGAAGCCUCUAGUCGCUGCAUCAGAUUUCUGGAUGCUCUUCAGGCAGGGGACGGUGCAGGAGAUCAGUCUGCAGCAGCAGUUGUGGAUAGCUUGAAGAAAUUUGGGCUAUCCACAGAUAAUCUCGCUGCCGUUUAUCUAACUGGCAAUGGUUCAGCCACAGAGGAAAUCUGUUCUAAACUCAGGGAACUCAACGCAAACGUCGUAGCCUUAGGAGGCCUGUACACCAUCGCUGAUGCUGCUUGUCGUGCUGCCAUCAAGGAGCUCUCCAAUCAGGCUCAAGAACUGAUGGUAGAUCUCCAUGAACACUACUCCGCCUGCUCUACAAAGAAUGAAAACCUCAAAGAUCUUUUUGACUCAGAUGUCAGCAAUGACAGCGCAUCACUUCACACCAACACCAGCUGCUUUAGAGUUUGUCUGUUGGUCACAAAAAUAUUGGAAAUGUGGACCGAUCUCACACUGUACUUUAGUUCUUGCAAUGAAGAUGAGAAGACUAAGUCCAUCUGUUCUCAGCUUAAGGAUCCCAAAGUUAAGGCAAUGUUUAUGUUCCUGCAGCAGGCCUUAGAGCCUCUGCACAGUUUUCAAAGGAAAACACAGGAAGCUUCUGGUACUAAUAUUGAGCUUAUUCUAGAAGAAGCCAAUAGUCUGAUUUCCAUUUACACCUCCUACUUCCUAAGUCCACAGGCUGCUGAUCGUUUCCUCAUUGAACGUGAUGUCCAAAUUCUUAAGAACAAGAACUUCCACCUGCCAAGCUCUGAACUCUGUCUGGGUAAAAAAACUGUGGAAGACUCUCUGAAAACAUCUGAAGCUGCUGAGGCACUGCCACUAUUACAGGAGGACGUAUUACCAUUUUAUAUUGCACUCACUGGUUGUAUCGCAGAGGAGCUGCCUUUAAAUGACUCAGUGCUGAAGAGCAUCGCUCAGCUGCUGAACCCACAGAGCUGGCUGAAAGUGACAGAGGAAACAGUCGGGGAGCUGGGCACCAAGCUGGGAAUCUGCAACUCCCCUGAGGAAGUCAAACAGCUCACGAAUGAAUUCCUUGAGUAUCAGAAGGCUCAGGAGGGAGAGGCCGAGGAUGGAGAGAAGGACAGCACAGCUGUGGUUUCACUGGAAAACAUACUGAAUGACACCAAGCCAACCUCAAUCUUCAGGAAGCUUCUUUUGAUCCUUUUGUCUUUCCCAUGUCCUCCGCUGGAUGCGCAGCAGGUUUUUACUCAGGCCUUGGAGAAUGAUCAUGUUCGUGGAGUCUCUGACAGUGAAGCCUUAACAGAAAGUGAGUUGGAUGUUACGUCUGACACUUUCUCUGACAGCAGCAAGAACUAUCAAGUUCGCACACGAGGUCAGAAUGGCCUUCCCUUGAAAGUGAAACCAUGUGAAGUCCGCCUUACAAAAAUAGAGCCAGGUGAUGGAUAUGAAAAUAAACUUGGAGUGAAUGGUGCCUUAUGGAAAGAGGGGACCAUUAGGGGAAAUUUUGGCUGGGAGAGCAGCUUGCGCCAGAAGCCAAAGACCCGUACAGUGUUUCAGGCUGGUGAUAACACCUGGUCCAAACCCAUAGGUCUUGAUAAGGACAGCAAAAAUGAACUGGGGUCCCAAGAUGAUGUGUCGGAAGACUCUUCAACGCCCAAUAAACACACACCAACCAGAGCACGACGUAAACCGGCCUACCAGGAUGGUAAAGGGUUUCUUACAGGAGCGCUGGUGUGGGGUAAGGUUAAGGGGUUUAACUGGUGGCCUGGGAUGGUGGUGCCAUGGAAAACCAAGUGUGCUCCUGUGGGUAUGCGGAGGGUGGAGUGGUUUGGAGACGGGAUGUUCUCAGAGGUAUACACUGAGGGUGUUACGCCAUUUGCUGCCUUCACUAGGUGCUUCUGCAAAAACUCCUUUGCCAGCUUGCCCAUAUACAAGAAAGCAAUCUACCAAAUCCUUGAGUUGGCAGGUGAGAGGUGUGGAAAGUCUUUUCCUGAGGCUCAAGGCAAUGAAGAAAAAGAGCUGAAGCUGAUGUUGGACUGGGCUUUUGAAGGAUUUCUGCCAACAGGACCUGAUGGAUUUAUACCUGUUGACUCUUCUCCACACGGUCAAUCCUCUGACUCGACUCUGUCUGACGUCCCGCCUCCGGCGAAAAGAAAAUAUGUUUUGAAAAAUAAGGGAAAUGUCCCCGCCAUCAUCUAUAACAAAGAAUCAAUAAUAGAAGGCGUGAAAGAAAAGGGAAAAACAAUUGAAGAUUUUUGUUUGUCUUGUGGAUCUACUGAUAUUGAUGUCCAGCACCCAUUAUUUAAAGGUGGUCUUUGUCUAAGAUGCAAGGCAAACUUCACCGAAACGUUGUACCGCUACGAUGACGACGGCUACCAGUCGUACUGCACUGUAUGCUGUGCAGGCUUAGAGGUCAUUCUGUGUGGCAAUCCCAGCUGCUGCAGAUGUUACUGUAAGGACUGUCUGAACAUCCUGGUGGGCCCAGAAACCUUUGAUAAGCUGAAAGAUGUUGAUCCGUGGAGCUGCUACAUAUGCAAGCCAUCACAGUGUGAAGGAAACCUCAAACUCAGGGCAGACUGGAGUGUGAAGGUCCAAGACUUCUUUGCCAACAACAGCGCAAUGGAGUUUGAGCCUCACAGAGUUUACCCUUCAAUUUCUGCUGAUCAGCGCAGGCCAAUCAAGGUGCUCUCGCUUUUUGAUGGCAUUGCAACAGGAUAUCUGGUGCUCAAAGACCUGGGCCUUAAGAUCGAGCGCUACAUUGCCUCAGAGAUUUGUGACGAUUCAAUUGCCGUAGGGAUGGUCAAGCACGAGGGAAAGAUUGAAUACGUCAAUGACGUUCGCACCAUUACAAGGAAACAUCUGGCCGAAUGGGGUCCUUUCGAUCUUCUGAUUGGAGGCAGUCCAUGUAACGACCUGUCCAUGGUGAACCCUCUUCGAAAAGGAUUAUUUGAGGGUACUGGAAGACUCUUUUUUGAGUUCUACCGCAUACUGACCUUGUUGAGGCCGAAAGAGGACGACAACCGUCCAUUUUUCUGGUUGUUUGAAAACGUGGUUUUCAUGAGUGCCAAUGACAAAUCGGAUAUCUGCAGAUUCCUGGAGUGUAAUCCAAUUCUUAUCGAUGCAGUAAAAGUCAGUCCUGCUCACAGAGCACGCUACUUUUGGGGAAACCUGCCUGGCAUGAACAGACCUCUCGCUACAUCUCUAGACGACAAGGUGACUCUGCAGGAUUGUUUGGAAUCUGGACGCCAGGCAAAGUUUGACAAAGUCCGUACUAUCACAACAAAGUCUAACUCAAUAAGGCAGGGGAAGAUGGGACCGUUGCCCGUCGACAUGAAUGGCAAGGAAGACUACCUGUGGUGCACUGAAAUGGAACAGAUUUUUGGUUUCCCCAAACACUACACUGACGUGAACAACAUGGGCCGGAUGCAAAGGCAGAAAGUCCUGGGUCGCUCCUGGAGUGUGCCUGUGAUUCGUCACCUGUUUGCCCCCCUGAAGGAUUAUUUUGAAUGUGAAUAGCAACUGUGAAGCAAAUCCUCGCAUCAGAGCUGGAGCGGUAAACCUGAUGCCUUAUCCUGCCCCGCCUUGCUAGUUAGUUUAAACUCUCUGGUCUCUCUUUAGAGGACCGAAUGUAGCUUUGACUUUUAGAAAUAUUUUGUUCAUGAAUUCAUUUCUUUUUUGUUUUAUCCUGUUAGUCAUCAGUGAUCCUCCACCACCAGCAGGCACAGACACUUUUUGGUUUCUUUUAAGAAGUUAGGUUGCUGUAAUCAAACAAUUAUGUUGCUCAGAACAAAGGCCUGCAUCAUGAAGUGAGCUGAAGUGGUUUGCGAGCCAUCUUUGGGCUUUUAUGGAUCAGUGGAGUCUCCUUGCUUACCUUAAUCAUGAAUGGAAAGAUCAUAGCCGCUUAUCAAAUCCACAUAUUGAUUUUAAUUAGGUUUUUAAUUAAAUA